AUGUCAAUAUUGAUGAACUCAGAAUUAGUACAACGAUUAACUACACAAUUACUUGAUCCAAAAUGUGUUCUCAACUUGGAUGGAUUGUUGGAUUGUGUAAUAGCUUUGUUUUAUGAUUGCAAUUACCCCGUCUUAAAAAGAACGCAAAAAACAAUUGAAACAUUUUUGGACAGAAAUGAGCAACUUGUAAAAUCUUUAAUUGAUUGUCGAAUCAGCAAUAUUAAUUUUCGUAUUAUUAAAGUAAUUGGGAGAGGUGCAUUUGGGGAAGUUCAACUUGUUCGAAAUAUUCAAAAUAACCAAGUUUAUGCAAUGAAAAUGCUCGACAAAGACAAAAUGAUAAGACGUUCUGAUGCUGCAUUUUUCUGGGAAGAGCGUAAUAUAAUGGCUUAUUCAAAUUCUGAAUGGAUUGUUAAAUUACAUUAUGCAUUCCAAGAUUUGAGAAAUUUGUACAUGGUUAUGGAAUUCAUGCCCGGUGGAGACAUGGUAAAUUUAAUGGCCAACCACGACAUUCCUGAAGAUUGGGCACAAUUUUACACAGCAGAAUUAGUUUUGGCAUUGGAUGCAAUUCAUUCACUUGGAUAUAUUCAUAGAGAUGUCAAACCAGAUAACAUGCUUAUUUCUGCAGAUGGUCAUAUUAAACUUGCUGAUUUUGGAACUUGUAUUAGAAUGAAUAAGGAUGGACUUGUCCGUUGUUCUAUGGCUGUUGGCACUCCAGACUAUAUUAGCCCUGAAGUUCUCCGUUCACAAGGAGGAGAGGGUGUUUAUGGACGGGAAGUCGAUUGGUGGGCUGUUGGUGUAUUUCUUUAUGAAAUGCUUUUUGGGGAAACUCCUUUUUAUGCUGAAAGUUUAGUCCAAACUUAUUCAAAAAUUAUGGAUCACAACAAACAAUUAAAAUUUCCUGGAGAUGUUAAAGUGUCUAGCAGUGCUAAAGAUAUUAUUCGGAGUUUUCUUUCUGAACCUAACAUUCGACUUGGACGAGAUGGAAUUUCUGCGAUACGAGGACAUGCAUUCUUUAAAAAUUCUGUUUGGACCUUUGACACAAUUCAAAAAUCAACACCUCCAUAUGUUCCCGAUCUUCUUGGUGAUGAUGAUACAUCCCAUUUUGACGAUGUUGAACCUGCGGAUCCUGUUGAUUGUGAAAGUUUUCAAAUUCCAAAGGCUUUUACCGGCAAUCAAUUACCUUUUAUUGGAUUUACUUUCUCCAACGAAUUUGGUCCAUUGGAUUUAAUUAAAAAACAACUUGAAGAAGCCGUACUUCAGCCAAUUGUAAAUGGAAAUAAUAAUUUGUUAGAUAAUCCUGAUGUUAAUGGGACUUGUGGAGGUGAAAAUAAUUGUCAUUUAGAAGAGAAGGUUGAUGAGUUAACCAACGAGAAUGAACUUCUCCAACAACAAUUAAAAAAUAUUAAAGAACAAUUGGAAAUAGAGACAAAUUCUGCAAAGGCUGAGAUUGAUUUGUUGGCAAAGGAAAGAGAAAUUUUGGAAAUGAAAUGCGCAGAAAUGAAGCAAAAUCAAGAAAUGAUCGAGUCAGAAGUUGAUUCUCUGAAACAAGAGAAGGAGAAUUUGUCAGGUCGAAUAAAAGAGCUUGAAGUAGAGGUUGGAAAGUUGACACCGACUCAACAAGAGGCAGAACAGUUGCGAGAGACAAAUAAAAUGUUGGAGCUUCAUCUUCAAAAAUGUAAGGAACAACUUGAGCAACAACAACAAAUAAACAACCAUCAUUUGAAUAAUAAUAACAACAAUGCAACUGCAGCACCUGCUGUUCCACCACCAAGACUUUCUCAUGAGGUUGGAGAAUUGAAAUAUCAAAGACGGGUUCUUGAAAAUAAAAUUGAAGACCUUCAGGAGCAGCUGGAGGGACAAAGACGACUUUUCUCAGAUUGUCAACAAAGACUUGAAGCUGAGCAAAAAUUAUCUGGACUUUUCAAAGUUGAAAUUGAGGCACGGGCAAAGGAUAAUGAAGAAAAGGAGAAAAAAUUUCAAAAUAUGGGACAACAAAUUGAAGAAUUUGUGCUUACAUUGGAACGGGAACGUGUUUCGCAUCAACAUUUGCAAAAUAGUUUUGUUGACCUGCAAAAAGAUAAGUCCUUUUUGGAGACUGAAUUGCGUGCAGCAAUGCAGAGGCAUGAACAAGAAUAUAAAUCGUUGACAGCUAAUCUUAAUUUGGCAUCCAAAAAAGAAAAUGAAUUAAUUAGCCAAAAUAAACAACUUCAAGAAGAAAUUAACCAAAUACGUAAACAUUCACAUGGACCUAUGGGAUUAGCUCCAGUUUUUGGCGGAACAAAUACUUUAUCUAGUGCUGUUUCUACUUCUUCACUUGUUUCUGCAACAAAUUCUUUUGCUUCAGUUCAAUUACACAAUAAUAAUAAUUCUAUUCUUUCGUCUUCUGGCGAGUUGGAAAUGCUCUCUAGAGAUCAACUUAUUCAUCGAUGUCAACGCGAAAUUAAACUUAAAGAACAAGUUAUUGAAAAGUUGGCUUAUUUGGGUCGACAAAAAGGCAUUAAUGAUGAUUCUGCUGGACGUGCAAAUUCUAAAAAGAAGAAAAAACAUGUGGAUGAGAAACGUGUUCGUGAUCUUGUUGAAUUUCAAAUGGAACAGGAACGAAAAAAAUAUCUUCAGAAAAUUGCACAGCUUGAAGAAAUUAUUCAAGAUUUACAUCAAAAUUUGGUUGAAGAGCAAAGAAAGAAGGCUGAUUUAAUUGAUGAAGUGAAUCUUUAUAAGAAGGGUGGUGCAGAGGUAAAAGUUGAUAUAAGAUAA